AUGAGGAGUUUGGUGGUGCUAGGGCUUAUUGCCUUCGUGGCUCUCGCCUCCGCUAAGGACCUUCGGGAGCAGCAAUCUGAUCUCGAACCAGCUGCGUCCCACCACGGAGGAAAAUGGGACAAGGGAGGCGGCCACGAGCACCAUGGUCAUCACCACCACGACCACGGCCACCAUGACCACAAAGGACACAAGGGACACCACGAACACCACCACGGUCAUAAAGGACACCACCACCAUGAAGGCCACAAGGGCCAUCACGGUGAACACGGCGGCCACAAGAAACACCAUCACCACGACGAUGGCUACCACCACCACCAUGAUCACGGCGAGAAAGGCCACCACGGGCACGGUCAUGAGGAGCACGGCCACUUCCACAAGGGUCACGACACGAAGGGACACCAUGAAGUCGACAAGCAUGAUGAGUUCAAGAAGGACAAGCACUUCCACCACCAUCACGGCGAGAAAGGUUUCCAUGAGCAUCACGGUGGUCAUCACCACGAAGGCGGUCACAAGAAGGGAGGCCACCACCACCACGGACACAAGCACGGCGGUCAUCAUGAGCAUCACCAUGGCAAGAAGGGUCAUCACCAUAAGGGAGGUCACCACCACCACCACAAGGGACACCAUGACGAGGGUGGUCACCACGACCACUGGCAUCACCACCACGACCAUGGCAAGAAGGGAGGUCAUGAGGACCAUAAGCACUGGGGACACAAGAAAGGUCACUAA